CCUUUCUGCUCGUUGCACCAACUUGUCACCAAAGAUGGCGAUUUGCUGAGUGCUCAUGGAUGAUACACACAUUUCACGGCUAGUUGUUAUCAUACCCGAAACUCCAACUUUAAAAACGGAUUAAGGCUUUACGGGCAGCAGUUUCUCCGUUCGAAGCACGCCAGUCACCGCUACAAUGCAGAUCACACUAAAAACACUGCAACAGCAGACUAUUCAAAUUGAGAUAGACCCCGAGCAAACGGUGAAGGCAUUGAAAGAGAAAAUAGAAGCAGAAAGAGGAAAAGAUAACUUUCCUGUAUCUGGGCAAAAGCUGAUAUAUGCUGGCAAAAUCCUGCAAGAUGACACGCCUAUAAAAGAUUACAAAAUUGAUGAGAAGAAUUUUGUAGUAGUGAUGGUGUCCAAGGCUAAGCCUGCAGCUGCUGCCUCGCCUCCACCCUCAGAAGUACCCAAGCCUCCUGUCCAGGACUCUGGCUCCACAUCUACAGCUGUCCCAGCUUCCAGCCCUGCCCCUGCCCCAGCCUUAACUCCAGCAGCUGUCCCCAUUCCUCCUGAGGAGGCCAAAGAGGAGCCAAGUGCUGCAGCCACAGAACCACAACAACCAGCCAGCUCCAGUGGUGGGAGCCAAAGCUUGGAUGCCUCCUCAACUUUGGUGACUGGAGCAGAGUAUGAGGCGAUGCUGACAGAGAUCAUGUCUAUGGGAUAUGAAAGGGAGAGAGUGGUAGCUGCACUACAGGCCAGUUUCAACAACCCCCACAGAGCUGUGGAGUAUCUUCUUACUGGUAUCCCCAGCAGCCCAGUACAGGAGACUAAUCCCCCAGUGCAGCCCCCCACCUCCGGACAAUCAGAAGCCCCGUCUCUAGCAGAAGGAGAUAAUCCACUUUCAUUCCUGCGGACUCAGCCCCAGUUUCAGCACAUGCGAGAGGCCAUCCAGCAGAAUCCUGCUCUCCUGCCUGCUCUUCUUCAGCAACUAGGCAGAGAGAAUCCUCAACUCCUACAGCAAAUCAGUCAGCACCAGGAGCUGUUUAUCCAGAUGUUGAACGAGCCAGUGGGAGAGGGAGGUAAUGUGCCCGAGGUCGGUGAGAUGGGGGCAGCGGGUGAAGAGGGCGCACCGGUCAACUAUAUCCAAGUUACACCUCAGGAGAAGGAAGCCAUUGAAAGGCUAAAAGCGUUGGGGUUCCCGGAGGCUCUGGUGAUCCAGGCCUACUUUGCCUGCGAAAAGAACGAGAACCUGGCAGCCAACUUUCUCCUCAACCAGGGUUUGGAAGACGAUUGAACGGUUACUGCCUUCCUGCUCCUCCCUUCCCCCCUCUCCCCUUCAGCUCGGAACACGGACUGCACCUCAACUCGACUGUACAGCCACCAACCUCAGCCCAGCAGGAGGGGGGGAGGGGAGAUGGGCGGGGUCACACUCUGACGUACACAAAGUGGGGGUUGUGCGCAGGAAGGCCAGACUCAGCGCGAAUAUGCGGGAGGUUCGUUUGGAGGUCGGGGUGAAAAUUUUUGUGGAGGAAUUUUGAAAUCCACGUGAAUUCCAAUGGAAUGUGUGGGGUUUGUUUAGGGGAGACCUAUAAUUUGAUUUUAGAUGCGCUUUCUGAAGAUUUAGGGAGGGAGUGACAGGGCUGAUGGGCUUGUGAUGAGAGUGUGCGCUUGUGUCUGUGUGUUUGUGCGUGCGAGUACAUGUCUGUGUGCCUCUGCCGAUGGAUGCGAUACAGUUAAGCAGAAAAACUAAUCAAUUAGCAUAUCUAAGUUUGUUAAUGCUGUAGCCGGAUCACACGGAUGCACAUUGUCCUUGCCGCACUUCCACACAAUCACCAGUGUGUGUCACUGCUGUUCGACCCUCUGUAUGCCUCAUGUACCCACGUCCAUCAGCAUCAUUAAAGAUGGACUUACCUGAUGUCCACGGCUUUGUUUUGGAGGAAGGAAAAAAAACAUCCCUCUGGUUUGCUUUAUGUCGCCCUCAUGUGGCCUUCACUGCUGGCUGCAGAGUUUGGUGUGUUUACUGAAAACGUGUUUCUUGCGUGUAUACGUGAGUAAAUUAGCUGUUUUUAUUUAUGCUGAUUGCUUCUGGUGCUAAUUAACACUACUUGUAAAAAUCCACAGUGCAACACUGAAAUGUCAAAUUUUGUCUUAAUUAUCAUUAAUUAGCUGAACGGACAGCUCAUCACACGGUCAGACGUCUGGUCAGUUUAACACAGAGUUCCUUAAUGAACUCAGACGCCAUACACACGGGUGAUACGUGCAUGCGCUUACAACAUGAAUCUGUCAGAAACAUCCACACAUGCAUGAGGAAUAAACGUUUUGUGGGGUUGUGUGUUUACUGAUGUGCAGCUUUUAUGCUUUGUACAAACAUAUUUGAGGCAGAGAAAAAGCUUAUCUUUACUUUGUAACUUGUAAAAAAUUUAGGUUAAGAUCUGUUUUAAACAUCGUGAGCUGUGCACGACUCUCCCGUGGAUCCAAAAUGACCAAACGCCUUUACAGAUUUGCAAACCUUUGAAAAAAUCUUGUUCUUGCAGUUGCUGUCCGUUCAGCCCCAAAACCGGCUUAUUUUCUAUUUUGACACAAAUCAUAUGAAGGCUACAGUAUGCACAGAGGCGCUGCAGUGCACACAUAAAACUGAAUUAAAGGAAACCAAGACAAAAGCAGAUCUAGUGCUCCAGUCCCAAAGAGGUUUGGGGGCGGGAAUCCAUAUGAUGGAUGCGGUUGUGAGAGGUAUGGAUGUGCGUCAAGGCCGGUUCGACUGCAAAUGUUCCCAUCUUAACGAGAGUCCACAGGAAAAACAAAAAAUAAAAAAAAAUGUCUCCAGUUUCUGUGUGUGUGUGAAGGCGGUUUGUUGGGAUAACUGUCCUACAGCAUCAACAUGAUCUUGGACUAUGCUGUGCUACAUUAAAUAUCAGCAAUCUUUCA